CACGCACCAAGACUACAUUUCCCACAAUGCAACUGUGCCACGCCAAGCAGUCAGGCGCUUUUUUUCAAUAUUUACUAGUGCAGCAGUCGUUCGGAUAACAGUGACGUUAGCUUUCAGAUACCCAUCAAAAAUGGCAAAACGGAAGGUGGACACUGAGAACCGGGGGUUUCAAACAAGGUGGGAGUCAGAGUACAUGUUCACGGACGUAGCUGGAAAACCUGUGUGUCUUCUGUGUGGAGAAAGUGUGGCCGUAUUGAAAGAGUAUAAUCUGAGACGACAUCAUGAAACGAAACACGCAGACAAAAACAAGAAUAUGGACAUCGAACAAAGGCUACAGAAGGUUGAGGAAUUAAAACGAAGCCUCAAAUCUCAACAGGCUCUGUUCAAAAAAGCCAAAUCACAAAGCCAGGCUGCUGUCAAGGCCAGUUUUAUUGUGGCAGAAGAGAUCGCUAAAUCAGCCCGGCCAUUCACGGAGGGGGAUUUCAUUAAAAACUGUAUGCUUAAAGUUUGUGACGAAGUUUGCCCUGAAAAAAAGCAACUCUUUUUAAACGUGAGCAUGAGCAGAAACACCAUUGCCGAGCGAGUAGAGCAGUUGUCCAUUAAUCUAAAAGAGCAGCUUGUGAAAAGGGGAAAAAAUUUCAUCGCAUACUCCUUGGCUGUGGAUGAGAGCGCCGACAUUUCUGACGUUGCCCAGCUGUCAAUCUUCAUCCGCGGAGUGGACUCAAGCCUAAGCGUGACAGAGGAGUUUUUGGCUUUACAUCCUAUGCAUGGCACAACUACGGGGCACGAUUUAUUUGAGGAGUGAAUGAUCGAAAAUUGCUAUUAUUUGGGGUUUUUU